AUGACACAGCGCAGAGAGAAGUGGGGUGAAUUUGCCGUAUCAUCUAUAAAGCUAACAAUCGAGCCAAGCAAGCCGGAUGUUGUGACGUUGUCGCGUACCAGUGGCCGCCGAUUGUACGAUGAAAUUCAGGUCAACGGUUCCAUGCCCGGUAUUCUGAAGAGUGAUGCGUGCAGCCCUAAUCGGCACCUGAUGGACCCGUCCAAAAUGGUUUCAUUUGCGCCAUCGACCAAGCUGAACCAAACAGCGCCAUCCGGGCGUAGGCGCAAUGGUCGUGCGCAUGUCCGAAAACUUUUUCAGGUACGUUCAUCUAAGAAGUGUUGA